GCCUGGAUUUCUGCACACAAGGAGACAACUGCGGGACAUGGCACUGACACCGUUCCCGCAUUGCAUCACGGACACGACCCCCGGUACCCCGCUGUUUCCCUCCCACUUCAUCUGGAGCCGAUGGGGAGACAGUAGCGUCUCAUCCUAGAGUUUCUUUGACUCAUGCUGCUGCUGCAGUCGCUCCCGGUCUCCCGGUAAUCACGCGCCGUGUUGACAACUUUGGCGCGGUGCUAUAUGGAUUGCGCACCAGCAACAGGCCAGUCUCUGGGAUCUUCUGAGAUUUUCUCUCGGGUUAAAUGAAGUGUUAUCUCCGGCCGUCGUCCGCAGCCUGAUCACAUCAUCGGCCAAGAGUGCGAGGCAACCUGUAGCUGCGUGCCCCUUUAUGUCAGGCAUUAUCCCGCUAAGAGGCGCAAUGAAGGGACACAGCUGACGGUUUCGAAUCUGCAGCCCGAGGAAGAGAGAGGAAACAGAAGAUCAGGAAAGUAACCCCGGUGGAAACCAUGUAUGGGCGGUACACCCAGGAGCUGGGUGUGUAUGCCAAGGAGGAAGCGGCCCGCCUGCGGGAUGGAGGAGGAGUGCAGGAUGGAAAAGGACUGCGGAGGAACACCAGUGUUCGCAGUCGUGCUGCAGAUCUGCUGGAUUAUGAGAAAGACCCCUGUGCUAAGUGCAAGUUGUGCGCGUCUCGCUGCCAGAAGUUCCUGAUCUCGCGGGUGGGGGAGGACUGGAUCUUCCUCAUUCUGCUGGGGCUUCUCAUGGCUCUGGUCAGCUGGGUCAUGGACUAUGCCAUCGCCUUCUGCCAAGAAGCACAGAAGUGGAUGUAUGGUGGACUGGACAGUAACAUGCUUCUGCAAUACAUCGCCUGGGUCAGCUACCCUGUAGUGCUCAUCACUUUCUCAGCGGGUUUCACACAGAUCCUGGCGCCUCAGGCUGUUGGUUCAGGCAUUCCUGAGAUGAAGACGAUACUGAGGGGGGUGGUCCUGAAGGAGUAUCUGACCUUUAAGACAUUUGUGGCCAAAGUCAUCGGCCUGACCUGCGCCCUGGGCAGCGGCAUGCCACUGGGGAAGGAGGGACCCUUCGUUCAUGUCGCCAGCCUGUGUGCAGCCCUCCUCAGCAAAUUCAUGGCCGCUCUUUUCGGAGGGAUUUACAUGUUUAAAAUGGAAGAGCCCUUUGAGGGAAGCAAGAACGAGUUGAGGAACACAGAGAUGCUCUCGGCUGCCUGUGCAGUGGGUGUGGGCUGCUGCUUCGCUGCCCCUAUUGGAGGGGUGCUGUUCAGUAUUGAGGUAACAUCAACGUUUUUCGCCGUGAGGAACUACUGGAGGGGCUUCUUCGCUGCCACCUUCAGUGCCUUCAUAUUCAGAGUGCUGGCCGUGUGGAAUCAGGAGGAAGAGACCAUCACUGCUCUCUUUAAGACCCGCUUCCGUCUGGACUUCCCGUUCGACCUUCAGGAGCUGCCAGCGUUUGCCAUCCUCGGGAUUGCCUGUGGUUUUGGAGGGGCUCUGUUCGUCUACCUGAACCGGCUGAUUGUAGAGUGCAUGAGGAAACAGAAGACCAUCAACAAGUUCUUGCUGAGGAAGCGUCUGGUGUAUCCCGCACUCGUCACCCUGCUCAUCUCCACGCUCACGUUCCCUCCAGGCUUCGGGCAGUUCAUGGCUGGACAGCUGACCCAGCACGAGUCUCUGGUGGCGCUGUUCGACAACCGUACGUGGUGCCGUCAGGGUGUGGCCGAAGAGUUCGACUACAUCAGCCACCACCACGCCUGGAAACACCCGCAGGUCAACGUCUUCGUCACACUCAUCCUCUUCAUCAUCAUGAAGUUCUGGAUGUCAGCUGUGGCCACCACCAUGCCUGUUCCAUGUGGGGCCUUCAUGCCAGUUUUUCUUAUUGGGGCAGCGUUUGGCAGACUGGUUGGAGAGAUCAUGGCAACCAUGUUUCCUGAUGGCAUACAUGCUGAUGGCAGCGUGUAUCCCAUAGUUCCUGGCGGUUAUGCUGUAGUUGGUGCUGCAGCGCUGUCUGGAGCAGUCACCCACACUGUAUCCACAGCGGUCAUCGUGUUUGAGCUGACGGGUCAGAUCUCCCACAUCCUGCCUGUGAUGAUCGCCGUCAUUCUGGCCAACGCCGUGGCCCAGUCGCUCCAGCCAUCUCUGUACGACUCCAUCAUCCGCAUCAAGAAACUUCCUUAUCUGCCCGAGCUGGGCAUGGGACAUCACGAGAAAUAUAAUAUCCGUGUGGAGGACAUCAUGGUCAGGGACGUGCGCUUCAUCACUCUGAACUCCUGCUAUCGGGACCUGCAGGAGAUGAUGCUGACAGCUCAACUCAAAACGCUGGCCCUGGUUGAGAGCAGGGAAUCCAUGAUCCUGCUGGGCUCCAUAGAGCGACUGCAGCUCCAGUCUCUGCUCUCGCUUCAGCUGGGACGCCAGCGGAGGCUGGAGUACCUCCACCAGCUGGCCCAGGACAACGGAACACACGAUCACCUGCCCAGCCUGACAACUGACAGCACCCCCAGCUCACCUUGCACCCACACCCACGGCAACUCGUCGGGCAGCACCUGCCAAGGGGUCCGCUUCCUGAUCUCCACAGAGGAGUCUGCCUCCUUCAGCCCAGUGGCUUCCAAUAUUCAGCUUCCUCUGAAAUCUGCCUUGAAAACUGUGUCUGCCAUCAGUGACACAGAGACGCCAAAUAGUUCUCAGACGAUCUCCUGUGCGGACCAAGACAACGAGCUGCUGGAGAGCCCGGUUGGGCCAGCUCCUCCUGAGAAGAGGAAACCCAAACGAGUGAGGAUCUCCAUGGGGGACUCAACUGAAGUAGAAGAUUGUAUGACUCUAACAGAGAUAGCAGAGUGGGAGGAGCAGCAGCUCGAUGAACCGGUGGACUUCAAAAACUGCAAGAUUGAUCCUGCUCCCUUCCAGCUGGUGGAGCAAACAUCUCUGCAUAAGACUCACACCAUCUUCUCUCUGCUGGGUCUGGAUCACGCCUAUGUGACCAGCAUGGGACGUCUGGUUGGAGUGGUCUCUCUCAGAGAGUUGCGUAAGGCCAUCGAGGGCUCAGUGACAGUGACUGGAGUGAAAGUGCGCCCUCCGCUGGCCAGUUUCCGUGAUAGCGGGAACAGCACAAACGUAUCUGAGGUAACUGAACUACACAAGCUGUGCAUCCGCCACAGGGGGCUCUCGUUGCCCCGGGAACCCACCCCCCCUGACGUGGUGAACCAACCCGAUCUCCAGUACAAAGAGAUCCCCGUCAACUUCUCAGACCAGACCAAUUUGCAGUUUGAAACCAGUCCCGGCGACGUUACAAACCAGUCGUCAGAGUUGGUGCUCCAGGAGAGUCCCUCAUUCACAGAGGACCAAUCAGAGUUCACGUUUGACUGCAGCCCCUCCCACACUGAGGAAUCAGAGAUUGCCUGUGACUAUGACCCGCCCACCCCCACUCCUGAGCCGGACGAAACAGAGCAACAACAUGACCCGCCAUCUCUAUACAAGGACCAAUCAGAACUUGAGGAAGAGUGUAGCCCCGCCCACACGGAGGAUCUGUCAAAAUGAUCUGAUCCGUCCUGUCGUCUCAAUGUUGACGUUUCUUAUGUUCGUAGAGGUCACACUCACCAACAAGUCCAGCCUGGAUACCUGCGAUUCUAGCACUGUGGCGUGAGUGGGUUUUGUGUCUGUGCAGAUGCCUAUUUUAAAUGCUAAAUCUGGUUUUAGUCUAUAUUUCUUUAUCGUCCACAAAUCCUGUGAGAAGACCAAAAUCAAUACUUUUGUAGGACUGCACUGAUUUAGUUUUACACGACAUGAGUCAGCGGCGUUUGGAACACGUUUGAAAUUGAAACGAUCAGACGAUGUGGAGUCAGAGAGGAGGGAUCCUAUAAGGCCUCUCCUGCCUUUACCCUCUCCGACUAACCUAUAAACUGUAAAUAAAGAUGGACGACAUGACUGCUCCCCAAAAGUGAAACCAAAUUAUCUUCCUUACCCUUGGUGGCUGGCCAUGUCCCAUCCACUACUAAAAUGGCCCUCAUCAGAGAGCAUACAUCCACUGAGGCCUGACAAUCCCCUUAAAGGUAAAGUGAUCAAAAAAGACUCAAUGUCUGGAUCCGCACCGAAGUUUAACCAGUUCUGUCUUGGCUCCUGUCCCAUCCCUCCACCAAGUUUCCUGAAAAUCUGCUCCGUGAAACCUCCUUGGCGUAGGCAAGCCUGGAGGAGGUGUGAAUUAUGACCUAUAGAGCAGCCAGGCACCAGGGGGCGAUCAAGACACUUUGGCUUCACUUUUGAAAUCUUGUGUCUAUGAUUUGAAUGUGUUUUUAUUCAUUUUGGGACAACAACAGAACUCUAUGGUCCGGUUGAAUAAACUAUAUUAUAUGAGUAUUUAUAGAAGUAUAAUUUAUAUGUUAUUUACUACAUAAACUAUAUUUGGUUACACAGAAAAAUACUAGUUUGGUAUUUUCGUUUGAGUGACGGCAAUAAGAAAUAUGGAAUAUCCCCAGGUUUAUCUUUUUACUCUUUUUGUGUGUGUGUGUGUUAAGUGUGUGUGUGUGUGUGAGAGAGAGAGACACCUUCCUUGCCAUGCUCAAAUCUGGUCCCGACUCAUUAUUGGAUUCUAAACAAACAAAGCUCCUUUAACACAUAACAUAAGUCACAUGACAUAGGUCACAUGCAAAUAGCGGCGAGCGAUAAACGGGAGCAACUCACAAGAGGAAAAAAGACGUAGAAAACGAUCUUAAUGAGCACAUGAUGGUAUGAAUAUAUAAACGUCUGCCUAUUCACAGCAUUGGACUGAUGCACCACAGGGUUGUUGGCCAAUGAUGUUAAUAUAUAUAUAUAAACAGGAAUAAUAAUACUGUAAAAGCAACAGUUUCAUUGCUACUUAGUUUGCAACACUCAGCAGUUACAACGUCACGGCCUCUAGAGCAGUUUGUUUUAAUAUCUAGUCGUUUUCAGACAUGAACUCCGGAGAACGUCAGCAAAACUGGGUCCGGAUCUUCCCCACACAUUAGCUCAUUUGGACAUUCCUCGGAGUUCCUAACUUAGUUCUUAGUACCCCUCCGGAGAAUGUCAGGAGGUCAUCCUGAGUUCAGUGCAUGUUUGAAAGCAGCUUAAGAUAUCAGCCCCAAAAACCCGCCAUUAGCCAGGAUUGGUUCACAUGACGACAAAUGCAGCUGCUUCCAAAGGUCCACCCGGCUCGGUUCAGGGCUCCGAUUAAAGCUAGAGCACAUUGUAAUUACCAUGAAUCUAAUUUAGUGCACAUUAGGGGCUGGAUCGCUAAGGGCACAUGUAGACCGCCAGUCAACCGAACAGCCCACACAUCACUACAUGAAUUUAACGUGUUUCUAGCACGAUAAAGGAACAACUGUUGAGCUCCUUGUGACAGGAAGCUACUGGCUGUACAGAGCGCACACUCACACAAACACACACACACACUUAUAUGCACACAUGUACUGUAUGCGGCCUGUAGAUAUUUACCACCUUGAUAUGUUACACAUAUCUUUAUGACAAAUUAAAUUCCUUCUGGCCUCAGACGCAGUGAUGAGAAAUGUAAAUGCUGUACGAAGCACAAGUCCAAAAACUGUCGUGCGUGUGUGAGUCCGUGUCACGACCUUCAAAUGGGUUUUAGCUUGACGCGACGAUUUUGAGCCAUAUUUUAAAUCUUACGUGGCGACAUCCCGACUCGGGCUCAUAUUUACUUUGUCUUUGUUUGUGCAACAAUUCUAUUAAUGUCCUAACUUUUUUUCGUUUGCAUAUGGAAUGUGAAGUAGUGCUCGUCAUAUAAGAAAACGUAUAAGGAGUUCAAUGUAGAGAGUGUAUAAGCGCAUUUGCAGCGUAUCUAGUUAAGCAAUAAGUCUGUAGUAUCUCCCUUUAUAUGGCACUGGCCUGUAUAUGCUUUGUACAUAUGAAAAUACACGGAUGAGAGCUCCAUACACGCUCUGUACAGAGGAGAAUUAUGCAUUUGAAAUUCCAACAGCCAUUGUUUCUUUUCAGAGAACAUGAAAUUGUUUUUUUUGUACAUGAGUCAAUGAUUAAAUUGAAAGGAAAAACUGCC